AUCCGAUCGGACGGUCGAAACGGCACAGAGCAUGCAGCCACAAAAACCCUAGGUCGGGAGCACGCAUCCUCACUCGCCGCCUUCUCUCCUCUCGCGCCGUUUCGCUCCCUGACCCUCCGCCGCCGCCGCCGCCGAUCAUCAUGAGUAAGUUGCAGAGCGAGGUUCUCAAGGAAGCCAUCUCCCAGGUUGUUGGGGAAUCCAAGGAGAAGGGCAGGAAGUUCACCGAGACCGUUGAGCUUCAGAUUGGUCUCAAGAACUAUGACCCGCAAAAGGACAAGCGUUUCAGCGGCUCCGUCAAGCUGCCCCAUAUCCCCCGCCCCAAGAUGAAGGUCUGCAUGCUUGGUGAUGCCCAGCAUGUCGAGGAGGCUGAGAAGAUUGGGCUUGACUACAUGGAUGUUGAGGCUCUUAAGAAAAUGAACAAGAACAAGAAGCUGGUUAAGAAGCUUGCCAAGAAGUACCAUGCUUUCUUAGCAUCAGAGGCCAUCAUCAAGCAGAUUCCUCGUCUCCUUGGUCCUGGUCUCAACAAGGCAGGCAAGUUCCCUACAUUGGUUACUCACCAGGAGUCUCUUGAAUCCAAGGUCAACGAGACGAAAGCUACAGUCAAGUUCCAGCUGAAGAAGGUUCUGUGCAUGGGUGUUGCUGUGGGUAACUUGUCAAUGGAGGAGAAGCAGAUCCAGCAAAACAUCCAAAUGAGCGUCAACUUCCUCGUGUCCCUUUUGAAAAAGAACUGGCAGAAUGUGAGGUGCCUUUACAUCAAGAGCACCAUGGGGAAACCAAUCAGGGUGUUCUAAGUUGGUGUGUUCCACCUAGAAGUGAAAAGGAUCAGUUGAAACCAAGCUUUUCCUCUUAAAAUAGACCUGUCGCUCUGGGACCGGCUUUUGUCUGUCAGUGCAAGAGAAUAUAUCAAAGAAAUAUCUGGACCUUAUUUUUGUAGCGUGUUUAUUUGGGAGUAACUUAUUCUACGUAAGCUUCUAAUGUGGAAAUUCUAUGUGUGUUAUGCUGCUCC